UUGGCAAAACAGCACCUCAUUCCCAGUUUGUCAAUUUUGACAAGCAGAGUUUGUGCUAUUGAAAUGUUCAUUAUUAGAGCGCGCAAAUAUCGUUUGGUGGCGACCUUUCGUCAUGAUUUCCCCAUUGACCGAGCCAUGCUCGGUUAGCCAUUUGCUGCAAAGCGUGGAAUACAGUCUGUGAGCAGGCCCAAGAGAGACAACAAAAGAAAAGAAAAUGCUUCUGCGGACUUUGUGGGCUAAAGUGGGAUUUCCACGGAACUUUGUCACCUCAACUUCACCUCAACGGAGUCCCUCAUGCUCCUCUGGGCUCCGAACUGGGUGGUCCUUCAGCCCACCUCAGCUCAAGCAAGAACCUCCAAGGCGCUUCAGCUCAUCUGCUCUAAGUGUAUUCCAAAGUCCAGGCUGCGUCUUUUUAAAGGAUUUCCAACACAGGAGCCAACAGAAGCGUUUGUAUGCGUCAAAUCUGGUCAAAUCUGUUUUGAAGCCCACUUUGAAGCCAGUGACGGCGCCUGGGAAACGAGUUCCCAAAGGGCCGAGAACCAAGCAACCUUCCAGAGCCAAUCAGCCUUUCCUGAAUCAGGACACGGACACGAUGCGAUGCAUAGCCUUCGCAACGGCAGACCAGUACAAUCUGCCCACGCUCAGCGUUGACCUGACACAACAUGGCUUUGGUGAAGUGGAGUUCCCUCGAGAUGCCUCCAACGUGCUUGUAAUAAGUCCGGACGUGAGCGCCAAAGCGGACGACGGCUCUGUCGUCUUCUUCUUCAGAGAAGGCUCUGUGGUUUUCUGGAAUGUGGAAGACAAAAUGCUGAAAAAGGUGUUGAGGAUUUUGGAGCGUCACGAGAGCCAGCCGUACGAAGUUGCUCUGGUCCACUGGGAAAACGAAGAGAUCAACUAUACCUACGGCGAGGGGAGCACGAAACUGGAGCACGGCAACUUUGUUUUGAGCAAGGACUCGGAGCACCACGACAACGUCCUGGAGAGGUUUGCCUUUUCCAACGCGUUGAGCUUGUCGGUAAAGUUGGCCAUAUGGGAAGUAGAGCUGGAUAACUUUGUGGAGUCCAUUCAGUCAAUCCCCGAGACGCUCAAGUCGGGCACAAGAAUCAAGUUGUCGUCAGCGGAGGUGAUGCAGAAGAUCGGCGAGCUCUUCACCUUGAGGCAUCGCAUCAACCUGAGCUCCGACCUCCUGCUGACCCCUGACUUUUACUGGGACAGAGAAAACCUGGAGAAGAUCUACGAUAAGACCUGCCAUUUCCUCAACAUCAACCGCAGGGUCAAGGUCGUAAACGAGAAACUGGAGCACUGCACUCAGCUGACUGACCUGAUGAGGAGCCACUUGAGCGAGAAGCACAGCUUGAGGCUGGAGUGGAUGAUCGUCAUCCUUAUCACCAUCGAAGUUUUGUUUGAAGUGGUGAGAAUGAUCUUUUGAGGCUUCACAUACUGGAUGCACCUCACUUGAUAUCCACCAGGUGACGCUUGGGAACUAUUCUGGCCACACAGCAGGACUGCCAGCUGUGAGUGGAAAGGACGCUCAGUGCUUAUUUGCAAAUCUUGUUAAAGGAGUUCAAUUUGUUCGGUGAGGAAAAGGUCACAAAGGAAAAAAAAAAGCAGGAAAUUCUGCGUGGUUGUGCAUGUUAAAUAAAAUGUCUGCAUUUUUUCAUUAAUACAAUAUGAAUAUUUAUUUGCUGAGUGUGUGUCCCUAAAAUUUAAAGUUGCCCUUUGUUAAAAAGUCAGUCUGUAUUCCUUUCUGAUUUUAUUUUAUUUUUUUAUUCAUAAAUUUGAAUUGAACCUUGA